GACUGCAUAGCCUGAACACCCAGCUAAGCAAUCAAUUAAUCAUUUACUAUAAUAUAAUACAAAAUUCGGCCUUGGCUGCAUUAGCCUAUAGUUUAUUUUUUAUUACAAAUGUGAUCAAGUGUAAGUACUAGAUGUGUUGGGGAAUUUAACAUGUAACAUUUUAAUUAUAUUCUGCUGAAAUGAACGAAAUGACUCGAAAAAAGAUUCAUUCAUUUUGCUGAACGAGAUUCAAAGAUCCGAGUCAGUAAAAUGAUCCGGACUUUCCAACACUAUUUCUAACCAAUCUGGCAACACAGUGGAGUUUAGGACUGUAGUGAGACGUGGUUUAUCUAGUUAGACAGAGCCGGAUAAGUACGCACAUCAAUUCUGCUCUUCACAUCGCGCUUAAAACUUUCUGUAUCCUCGAAUUAGUUCAUAUAAAAGCUUCUCUCUGUGUGUAUGUAUAAAUAUUUCCGUGUAUGUCUGUGUGUCCGUCUUUGACUGACACUGACUGUGGAUACUCUUUGAGCUCCGAAGUUUUUUUCCCCGUUUUUGGAAAGCCAGUGAUUUGUUACCGGAGAUCCCGCUUGCUGCUGGUCGCAUUUCCACGCCGCUGUAACACGCUGUAACACUCUGUAACAUGGAUCUGUUCGUGUGUAACAUGGCUGUGUUAGUGUGUGAUCUGCGCUGAAACGCGAUGUGGAAAGACGAGUAUGAUGUUCAUUUCCACUUUCUGCUCGAGCUGCUUGAUGCCAAUCUCACAGAUGGCCUGUGCGACUCUGACUCUGAACUGGGCAGCCUGGAGACUUUGGAGAGGGGCAGCACGGAUACCCUCGCCAAUGGUUGCCGUGCCGACGCAGAGGCUGCCAAGCGACUGGCUAAGCGGCUGUUCUACCUGGAGGGCUUCAAACGGUGUGACGUGGCGCGACACCUGGGAAAGAAUAAUGAAUUCAGCCAGAUGGUGGCGUCGGAGUAUCUGAGCUUCUUUGACUUCACAGGGUUGUCCUUAGACAGAGCGCUAAGGAACUUCCUGAAGGCAUUUCCUCUGAUGGGAGAAACGCAGGAGCGAGAGCGAGUCCUGGUGCACUUUUCCAAACGCUUCUGUCACUGUAACCCAGAAGCCCUCACCUCUGAAGAUGGAGCCCAUACACUGACCUGUGCUCUAAUGCUUCUGAAUACAGACCUUCAUGGCCAUAACAUCGGGAAGAAGAUGUCCUGCCAGCAGUUCAUUAGCAAUCUGGAUGGUCUAAAUGAUGGAAAAGAUUUUCCCAAAGAAUUACUCAAGGUGCUGUAUAAUUCAAUAAAGAACGAAAAGCUAGAAUGGGCCAUUGAGGAAGAGGAAUUGAGGAAGAGUCUGUCCGAGCUGGUUGAGGACCAGUGUGAGGCAGGGGGCAAGCGGGUCGUUAGGGUAACGGAUGGUAGUAACCCUUUUAUUGCCAUCCCACUCCUGCUCAAUGCUGCCACGUAUAAACACGGAGUCCUGACCCGUAAGAGCCAUGCAGAUAUGGACGGGAAACGCACCCCGAGAGGACGGCGAGGCUGGAAGAAAUUCUAUGCUGUGCUGAAGGGCAUGAUCCUCUACCUGCAGAAAGACGAGUAUAAGCCUGAUAAGGACCUGUCUGAAGUGGACCUGAAAAACGCAGUGCGUGUGCACCAUGCUUUGGCCACCAGGGCCUGCGACUACAGCAAGAGACCCAAUGUUCUCAAGCUCAAAACAUCAGACUGGAGAGUCUUCCUCUUCCGGGCGCCGAGUGAGGAGGAGAUGAUGUCAUGGAUCUUCAGGAUCAAUUUGGUGGCUGCUCUGUUCUCUGCUCCUGCAUUUCCUGCUGCCAUAGGUUCUAUGAAAAAAUUCAGCAGACCUCUGUUACCAUCAUCUACAACCAGGUUCAACCAGGAGGAGCAACUGAAAUGUCAUGAGAGCAAGCUGAAGCAGAUCUCCUUAGAGGUGGAGGAGCACAAAAGGAAUCCACCAGAGCUCACACCCAAGAGCAAAGAGACAGAGGAGUACCGCAUCAAAGAACACUACCUUACAUAUGAGAAAAGCCGUUAUGAGACGUAUGUCAACCUGCUGCAGGCCAAGUUGCGUGUGGGAAGUGACGACCUGGAUAAAAUCGAGGCCAGUGUAUUCAGUGGAGACAGCAGAGACAGCCACAUGCGCAAAACCCAAUCCAGUCCCUCCAUCAGCCAUGCUCAAGGACUCAACGGACGAGCCGCUCACAAACACACCUCAGAGAGCUCUAACUGAACGCUCAUCGAAGGGUCAAUGAAACUUUGACCUCUGUCUGAGACACAGUUGAGAUGACAGUGGACGACUGAGAUGGUCUGCCACUUUGGAAAAAGGAGAGACACAUGAACGUAGCAUUAAAACGUCCUUAUUAUUUCAAUGCACAGUAAAGUAGGAUUAUUGUAAGUAUUAUUAGUAUUAUUAUAACAACAUUUUAAUACCGAAGUGAACGUUGUGCCAAAAAGGAAAUACAGAAGUAAACGGAGACCGAGGCUGUAUUUAGAGGACCAUGUUUGCAUCACAUGACUGCGGUCGAUUUUGGCAGCACAUGGCAGUUUCCUGUGAUGGUCCAUGAGAUGCACUAUGAUCCCAAGGCUGAUUUUACUGUGAUGUCUGGAGAACACUUACUGCAGCAUCAUGGGGCACCUUUCCUGAUGUCAGUAUAAAAUAACUGUGACAUCAUCACUUGUUUCUGGAGUGUAUUCUUUACAAGGUGGAGACUCAAAGUGAUGGCGUGAUGCCACAUGUCAACGAUGAAGCCAUAACACAUUUAUGGUGACAUCUCAGUGUUUAAGUCCAAAUUGUCCGUUGUGUAUGAAUGGGUGUGUGAAUGUGUAUGUGAUUGUGCCCUGUGAUGGAUUGGCACCCUGUCCAGGGUGUACCCCGCCUUGUGCCCCAUGCCUCCUGGGAUAGGCUCCAGGUUUCCCGCAACCCUGAUGGAUAAGCGGUAUAGAAAUUUUAUGGAUGGAUGGACCUUAGUGUUUGACUAGUCCGUAUGUAGAAUUGGCUUCCUGAUUGUUUUUUUUUUUUUGUUUUUUUUUUGCGUGACAUGUAGCAUUUGGCUUAUUCGCGAGGCCUUUUUGAUGUCUCAGCCUCAGUAGCUGUUUUAAGGGCUCUGUCACAUGCUGAGGUGUUUGUUCAGAUUCAUAUGAGCUGUCUACAGUAUGAUGCAAAUGUCCCCAUUAUUUAUUAUGUCAUAUUUAUUUAUUGUAAAGUUUCUUUUCUGAGCCGUCACAAUGGACUCACAAUUUAUCUCAGUUGAUUUUAUAUAUAAUCUCAGUUCUUUUUCAGUGGAGCUACCUGCUUGGGGUGGUAGAGAACCCAAAUGUGUGGUUCUUGUUCACAGUGUCAUAAAAGAAGACAGGGUAUAUGAUGGAAAACAGGAACAGAAAGUAUUGGAGUGUGUGUAUGUAUGUAUGUGUGUAACAAUGAGAGAAAGAGAGGAAAAGAAAACAGACUGAAAGUGAGUUAAAGUCAUACUGCAGUGUUUAACCUAAUCUCUGUCUAAUGUAUCUGUAGCAUAUGUAUGCUUUCCACAGACGAGUUUCAGAGUGGUUAGCACAUUUGCAUUGCACCUCCAGCUUUGGGGGAUCGAAUCCCCCUCUGCACCAUGUGCGCUUAGCUUGCAUAUUCACCCCAUGCUUCAGAUGUUUCCUCUGGGUACUCUGGUUUCCUUCCCCCAGUCCAAAGACAUGCGUUGUAGGCUGAUUGGCAUUUCCAAAUUGUCUGUAAUGUGUGUGUGAUUGUGCCCUGCGAUGGGUUGGCACCUAAUCCAGGGUGUCCCUUGUCUUGUGAUGCAAGUUCCUUGUGAUAGGCCCCCUUUGAUACUGUGUAGGAUAAGUGUUACGGAAAAUUGGAUGGAGGCUCCGUGAUUAAGGCUUUGGGCUACUGAUCAGAAGCUUGUUAGUUCAAAUCAUUACACAGCAGCAAUGCUAUGCAGCAAAGUGACUCGUUAAGUUACUCGUGACAAAGUGACUCGCUCCAACGAGCGCUGGCAAUUUCCGGUGACAGGAGGCAAAUCAACUAUUAACGACACAAAAUAUAGUGGCAAGCGAAGCAACAAAGUUAAUGUAAAAGAGAAGCAAAGCAAUUUGGUGACUACUAAUGGUGUGCAUAUCGCACUACUCUGGCUCUACCAGUGAAAUCAUGGCAUCUGGCAGAAAGACUAAUGAUCAAUAAGUUGAUUAAAAUAGAAAUAAGUAAAGCAAAGAUCAAUAAACCAAGAUCACAUGUAAGUGACCGGCAUAGAAGAAUUUGAAUGAUGCACAGCAAAAAAUGUAUGUUUUUAUAUACACAGAUCAGCCAUGACCUUAGAACUACUGAGAGGUGAAGUGAAUAAAAUUGAUUAUUUCCUUACAAUGGCACUUGUCAAAGGGUGGGAUAUAUUAUGCGGCAAGUGAACAGUCAGUUCUUGAAGUUGAUGUGUUGGAAGCAGGAGAAAUUAGCGAGCAUAAGGAUCUGAGUGACACUGACAAGGGCCAUAUUGUGAUGGCUGGACGACUGGAUCAGAGCAUCUCCAAAAAGUCCAGUCUUGUUGGGUGUUCCCCCGGUGUUGGUGUUCAAGGUGUUGACUUGGCCUCCAAAUUCCCCAGAUCUCAAUCCAGUUGAGCAUCUGUGGGAUGUACUGGCCAAACAAGUCAGAUCCAUGGAGGCCCCAUCUCACAACUUACAGGACUUAAAGGAUCUGCUGCUAAUGUCUUGGUGCCAGAUACCACAGCACACCUUCAGAGGUCUUGUGGAGGCCAUGCCUUGACAGGUCAGAGCUGCUUUGGCAGCACAAGGAGGACCUACACAAUAUUAGGCAGGUAGAUUUAAUGUUAUGGCUGAUCAGUGUAUUUUAUGCAAGUGGAACAAUACAGUAAAUCCAGUUACAGACACUUUCCCUGUCAUGAUUUGUGGUAUUCAAGUGCUCUGUCAAUUCUGGUAACCCCAGAUACUUCCAUCUGAAUAAAGUAGUCUAACAGAUGAAAUAAACAGCUAAAUUUCCAAAUAUAAUCGACUCCAGAUGUAAUAAAAAAUGUUCUACAAAAAUACAUGUUCUGCAUAAAUGUUUAAUGACCCUAAAAUCUGCCCUUCAUUAAUUUUCUAUUAAUUCCUUUUGAGUCAUCUCAUGUCUUGUCCAUGGUGUUUACACAUAUGCUACAGAUGCUGUAGAUGAAGUUUACAAUAAGUGAAAAAAACCACUGGAGUAUGACUUUAAGUGCUAUGUCAAAGUGCAACAGUGAAGAAGAUUUCUAUAUGCUUGAAAGUGACACGGGAGUCGUAGUCUUCUCGCAGCGGACCAAAAGAAGCCUUCCCAACAAACAUGAAUAGAGCCUGAAGCAGCAGGACUGCAAAUUCAGACCAAGAUAUCUACUCAUAUCUACAUCACGCACUGUAGCUUAAUGGACUAAAUGAUACAAAUCUGUUCAAAUGCAUUAUUAUGCUGUAAAUCACUACCGUGUACAUGGGAUCAGCGUUAUGUUUGCAGACAAGGACUGCUAACGGCACUAUGUCCACACUUAGCUCUUCAGCAGCAGCACAGUCAACCCCUGGUGUCUCUACCCAUGCCCAUGGUACAGACUUUGUGUGUUUGAGCAAGUGCAAGUAGAUUUUUCUAGUGCAGUUUUGAUGCAUGAUGACAGUGAGAGUGAGAAAAUGAGCUUGUGGCUCUUGCACUGCUAUAUAUGAAAUAACAUAAAGAGCUGCAAUUUUAUACACUCUUUAGUAACUGCUUUCAUAAACUGACUUCCCUAUACUUGUCGCUUUGGCUGUUGUGCUAACUAUGAUUUUCCCCAAUGUUUAGGGUAGAACACACAAUGCUGUUGUAAUAAAAAAGAUUGUGAUGAUUAUUUUAUAAUUUCCCCAGCUCCGUUGGCAUAUUUCCUCAUAACUCACCCAUUUGUUCCUGAUAAAAAUGGAAAGAACUGAUUGGUUCACUUGAUUCGAUGCUCUAUGCUGCUCUGCCGCUCACAGCACAGUUGAAUACAGUGGACAAGAGCAGCAAAAAAGCUGACGAUCAUUAGUUAGCUAGCAAAAAAAACAAAAUAGUUAGCCAUUAGCAAAUUAUCAACUCAUGCCUGGGGGACAUCACCAGCUUGGCCAGACAACACACUCUAAGCAAGAAAGCAAAUGAUAAUCAGCUAAAAAUACAGAGACAGUCAAAGAAAUUGGGCACUACAGUCAACUAGGCUUGAGAGACUAAAGAUGGUUGAGCAAACGCACACUGUUAAUAAACUUGCCAGCUAACAAUAGCAUUGAAGAAAUGCCAUUAUUAGCUGUACGCAUUCUACAGAACAUGUUUUGUGAGGACAGCCCCAGCAACUUCCUUGAAAGUGUCGAGGAAAUUGGUUUUUCACAAUUUUCUCAAUACAGGGCUAUUUUUAUCUGUGGUAAAUACAAAUAUACUACAAAUGUGGUAGCUAGAGAUUAAGUUUACAUGCGGGAUUACUCAUUUAAUCCUAUGUUAAAGUAAAAGAGUGAAGACGAUGAUUUUUAUAUUCUCAAAAAUGAUGACUCACAAGCUAGAAGCUUUCCCAACAAACAGGAAGAAGCAGGACUGCAAGUUCAGACCAUGAAAAAUUAGGAAAACAAACUGAUAGCAAACUUACCAGAUAAUGUUAGCUAUCCAACCAAAAACACCUGAUGGAGCAUGAAACUCUGGAAGUCCAGAAAGGCCAUGAGAAAUCCAGAAAGGCCAUCUCUGUGAGAAAACGUUAUGAUCUCGAGAAAACACAUAGCUGUUAACACUUUCC